UCCUUCUCCUCCUCCUCCUUCUCCUCCUUCUCCUCCUUCUCCCUCUUCUCCUCCUCCUCCUUCUCUUUCUCCUUCUUCUCCUCCUGCUCCUUCUCUUUCUCAUUCUUCUCCUCCUCAUUCUCCUCCUUCUCAUUCUCCUCCUCCUCAUUCUCCUCGUUCUCGUUCUCCUCCUCCUCCUUCUCUUUCUCCUUCUUCUCCUCCUCCUCCUCCUCCUCCUUCUCUUUCUCCUUCUCCUUCUCCUCCUCCUUCUCCUCCUCCUUCUCCUUCUCCUCCUCCUCCUUCUCCUCCUUCUCCGUCUCUUUCUCCUUCUCCUCCUCCUCCUUCUCUUUCUCAUUCUCUUUCUCCUCCUCCUUCUCCUCCUUCUCUUUCUCCUCCUUCUCCUUCUCCUCCUUCUCCUCCUCCUAUUUCUCCUUCUCCUCCUUCUUGUUCUCCUCCUUCUCCUCCUCCUCGUUCUCCUCCUCCUCCUUCUCGUUCUCCUCCUUCUCCUCCUCCUCCUCCUCCUCCUUC